CUGCGUUCUUAUUAAUGACUCGUGACGUGAAUUUUUACACGCUGUGGCUCACACGGCCGGCAUGCCCCCUGAUUCUAUUUUUAGCAAGUGGCAGAAAGCGAAGGAGACGUCACGCGGCGUGUCAUGGAUAUUUAAAGGCCGCCGAGCACGCUCCCCGUGUGACAUACCCACGGCUGCACUCCGUGGAUAUGCGGCUCCAUCGGCAAACCACGUGACCCGGCCUGUCCCCACCCCCCACGUCCUUCGUUCGGCAUGAUGGCUGCGGAUGCUGCUCCCUGCCGCAUCCUGCAUCCUAUCCUCCUCCUCCUCCUUCUCUCGUGGGUCGCAGCUCCCGUCGCGGCUCUGCUCGGCGUCAGGCCCGAGGACACCCAAAGCGGCGAGCUGUCCGUGCAGGACGGCGUCCUGAGAGCCAGGGAGGGAACUCGCUUCGUGUUGAGGGUUUACUACACGGAGCAUCCCCGCGUGAACCGGAGCGGGGCGGCCGACGUGGCUGCCGCUGCACCGUGGAUCGCCUUCAUCGAGGAGCCGGACCGGGAUGCGGCUCGCUCCAGGGGGAACCCGUGCGAGGAGGAGAGUGCCCGCAGUUCUGACAUUGAGCUGCUGGGCUCGUUCAAAUCCGCCUCCAGCCACAACUCGGUUCUGGUGGAGCUUCUCGCCAAGCACCUGCGCCGUGGCGAGGCGGUAAAGUACUACUCCAUGUGCGCCUUCGACGGCGUCAAAUGGGAACACUUGGACACCAGAGACUUUUGGUUAGCGGUGGUGGAGAGACCCGCCGAGGCGGACGCGUGGCUGCAAGCCGGUGUGUCGGUGCUGCUGCUGGGGCUCUCCGCACUGUGCAGUGGGCUCAACAUCAGCAUGUUGGCGCUGGACCCCGUGGAGCUGCGGGUCCUGCAGAACAGCGGCACCGAGAAGGAGCAGAAGUACGCACGGAAGAUCGAGUCUGUGCGUAAACACGGCAACUAUAUCCUGUGCACCGUGGUGCUGGGGAACGUCCUCACCAACACUUGCUUCGUGGUCUGGAUGUGUCAGAUUUUGGGAAUGACCGCCCUUUCCACCGCAUCCUGCACUUUGGGAAUUUUCUUCAUAGGGGAGAUUCUGCCUCAUUCGGUGGCGUCCCGGCACAGCCUCGCCAUCGCGUCCAAGACUCUGUGCGCCACCCGGCUCCUCAUGCUCCUCUUCCUGCCCAUCGCCUACCCGGUCUCCAAGAUCCUGGACUUCCUGCUCCACCAGGAGAUCUCCAGCUUCUACACUCGGGAGAAGCUGGUGGCCAUGUUGCGCGUCACUGACCCGUACCACGACCUGGUCAAGGAGGAGCUCAACAUCAUCCAAGGGGCUCUGGAGCUGAGGACCAAGACGGUGGAGGACGUGCUCACCCCUCUGUCCGACUGCUACAUGCUGUCCUCGGACGGCGCGUUGGACUUUGGCACCGUGUCCGACGUGAUGCAGAGCGGCUUCACGAGGAUCCCGGUGUACGAGAACGAGCGCUCCAACAUCGUGGACAUCCUGUUCGUGAAGGACCUAGCCUUCGUGGACCCGGAUGACUGCACCCCGCUCAAGACCAUCACCGAGUUCUACAAGCGCCCCAUGCACUGCGUGUUCAACGAUACCAAGCUGGACGUGAUGCUGGAGGAAUUCAAAAGAGGCAAAUCCCACCUGGCUGUGGUGCAGCGGGUCAACAAUGAGGGUGAGGGAGACCCCUUCUAUGAGGUGAUGGGCAUCGUCACCCUGGAGGACGUCAUUGAAGAGAUCAUCAAGUCUGAGAUUGUGGACGAGACAGAUCUUUAUACUGAUAAUCGGACCAAAAGACGGGUAUCGCACCACGAAAGGAAACAGCAAGACUUUUCCAUCUUCAAAGUGGCAGAAAAUGAGCUGAAUGUGAAGAUCUCACCCCAGUUGUUGCUGGCAACACAUCGCUUCUUGGCUACAGAGGUGGAGCCGUUUAGGCCGUGUCACCUGUCAGAGAAGAUCCUGCUCCGUCUCAUCAAACAUCCCAGCGUGGUGCAAGAACUCAAAUUCAAUCCCAAGAACAAACACGCUGCUCAGCACUACCUCUUCCAGAGGAACAAACCCGUUGACUACUUUGUCCUCAUCCUGCAGGGACGGGUGGAGGUAGAAAUCGGAAAGGAGGCCCUCCGCUUUGAAAAUGGCGCAUUUUCCUACUACGGCAUGCCAGCCCUCAUCCCGCCCCUGCCAAUCGGUCAGAGGUACAGCUCUCGAAGUAGUGGUCUGAACCAAUCAGACUCGCUGCUGAGUGGUGGCAGUAUUGGUCAGCUCUCAGCGGGAGGGCUCUACUUACCGGACUACUCGGUCCGACAGCUCACAGACCUGCAAAUCAUCAAGAUCAUUAGGACGCACUACCAGAACGCCCUGACGGCCAUGCGGAUGGACAGCUCCCCGCAGACACCGGACCCGGUAGACGCAGACGCUAAAGGGAGGCCGCCCGUCGCAGAGGCGCGCUCCCACAGCAUCGCCCUCCCCCUCACCAGCACCCACACCCGCCUGGGACUGGCGCGCCUCGCUCAGCUGCAUCCCCACGCAGGCCUGCGCAACACCUCUUGGCUCAAUGAGAGAAAUCGUAUAGUUCGCAGCAAAUCAGAUGGCCAGCGGAGUCCCAACGACCCCGUGUUCCUCCGCAUGGAUGAGAUUCCCUACAUCCAAGAGGAUCGACCAGAGAAUUAUGGAGAAAACGACGUGCCUACAGACUCUCAGCCAUCCACCUCUCCGUAUAUCAGCUCUCGCUCUCUGUCCAGCUCAGAGGAGAAUGUCGGGAAGAAGCUCCUACGCAAAUUGAGUAACAAGAGGAGGAAAAAGUCUCGGGAUGGAGAGAGGAGCUUAGAGGAAGGUCUGGAGCAGCCUCCAGUGACAAGCUAGCACACCUCUUAUUUAUUUUUACCUUCCCUCUGUAACCAUCCCAGUCUCAUAGACUCCCUCGAUGCCCCGGCAGCUCCCUCCAGGAGCUGUUAUCGUCAUGUGCUGUAGUUACCAGUGCUCUCAGGUCUCCACGGAUAUUCUGUCUUUAAUCUGCCUCCCUGCACACCUUCUGUGAUUGAAUACAAAAGGGAACGAUGCGAGGGGGACAAUAGAACUUGAGGUAAAAAUUCCCAAUAGCAAUAUAUUGGCUUAAUCGGCCUUAGGUGAUGGUUCAAUUCCUUAGUGGGAACUCAAGCCUCUUAUACGACUUUCACACUGAGUUGGUGCCAGUGCCGGUUGGGUCUAUGUGUUAGCGCCAGACUUUUCUGACAUAAAAUGUCCUUAAAAGAACUCAAACAAAAAAAAUGUUUUGUUUUUUGGGGGCAGGCUGGAACGCAUUACAGUAAUGGCAUUUCCAUUCAUUUUAAUGGGGAAAGAUGAUUUGAAUUAUAAGCGUGGUCACGGAGCAAAUUAAACUCAUAUUUAAAGGCACCACUGUAGAUGGCUUCUCUCACAUCUUUUUAAACCCCUUUCCUCCGUAUCCAGCAUCUGGACAUAAUUGUCCUGAAAGGAAGGUGCCCUUUUUUUUUUUUCUAAAUGCAAAUGAACUGCUGACGCUGGACCCGAAGAAGCUGGUCUCCUCUGUUGUGCCAUGUGUUUGUGUAAAGGCUGCUUUGUCUCACCAAUGUAGAGGUCAAUGCCACUCCUCACUGCAUUGCGCUGCAUAAACAACAUUGUUGAGUGUGCUUCUCUGGAUUUUGUCCUGAGGGUGAACCAGCUUUAGUUUGAGGGUAUUUGUGGGUUUGAAAUGCAUCAGUAUGUUAUAUUUGGAGUUUCUCUGACAAACCAGCAACCUAAGGGACUCUCACAUUCUUUCCUCAGGUUUGGCUGAGACAAAGGCUGAGUUAGGAUACCCACAGUUAGCAACAGCUUUCCUGAUGUAUGUCUGCUCCUUUGUUCUUCCGUUGUCAGGCUAGGAAUCUUCUUGUGUUCUAGAGGGUGAUGGGAGUCAGUGGGAAUUGAAACAGAUCUUUUCAGUACAAAAAGAGAUCCAAACCAGCACUGGUACCACCUCAGUGUGAAAGUGGCAUCAUUUAAGGCAUAAAGUGUCACCGAUACAUCAGUAGAGCUUAUAUCUAACUAUGGCAUCAGUCAUCUCAAGCAGAGCCUGUUCUUGUGACCAUUUAGUAGAAUAUACAAACAAACCAUAUGGAUUCUAGUAUGACAAAAUUUCAGUGUGGAAAAACUAUACUAAAAUAAUGGCAUAUAACAGCCUUUUGGAAAAAAAAAAAACCACGUCAUUAGAACACGUUUACAAUCAGCAAAAGAGAGUAUCACAUUCCGCAUUGUUCCAUAUUGUUAUCAGGCGGUUUGCAACUGGAAUUGUUGGCCUAACUCGUGUCAUAAUGGUGCCAUCUACUGCCAAUGCACAAAGAAGAAGAAGAAGAAGAAGAAAAAG